AUGUCUCAGAAUCAACGGGAGACCUGGGAGCGACUCCAACUCAUGCUCCAGCGCCGUGGUGGCGGUGGAGGGGGUUUCCCAUCCGGUGGUGGCCGCGGCGCUGGGGGCGUUGCUGGACUCGUCCUGCUCGGAGUCGGCGUUUGGGCUGCCUCGAACUCUCUCUUCAACGUUGAUGGUGGUCACCGAGCUAUCAAGUACUCCCGACUAAGUGGUGAACUCACUUCCGCAUCCCCUGGUUUCGAGACUCCGAUCAUAUACGAUGUCCGCGCCAAGCCGCGCAACAUUCCGUCCUUAACCGGUACCAAGGAUUUGCAGAUGGUGAACAUCACCUGCCGUGUGCUAUCCAGACCCCGUGUGGACGCUUUACCCCAGAUCUACCGUACCCUUGGUCAAGACUUCGACGAGCGAGUCCUCCCUUCGAUCGUGAAUGAGGUUCUAAAGAGCGUUGUUGCCCAGUUCAACGCCAGCCAACUGAUCACCCAGCGUGAGAACGUCGCCCGUUUGGUCCGUGAGAACUUAGCCCGCCGUGCAGCCCGCUUCAACAUCGCCCUUGACGAUGUAUCUUUGACUCACCUCACCUUCUCUCCCGAAUUUACGAACGCCGUCGAAGCCAAGCAGGUUGCUCAGCAGGAUGCGCAGCGUGCUGCUUUCCUCGUUGACAAAGCCCGCCAAGAGAAGCAGGCGUUUAUUGUGCGCGCUCAAGGUGAGGCUCGUUCUGCGGAACUGAUCGGAGACGCGAUCAAGAAGAGCAAGAGCUAUAUCGAGCUCCGCAAGAUCGACAACGCUCGCCACAUCGCCCAGCUCUUGCAGGAGAACGGCGGAAAGAACAAGCUCUACCUGGACGCCCAGGGCUUGGGUCUCAAUGUCAACUCCGGUGCCGAGGAGAGCAAAUAA